GCGCGAACCGCGCAGCACGCAGAAACACAAGCAUGUCUGCGACAAUACUCCUCGCACCGCGACGGCCAAAACCCUUGGGGGGCAACAAAGAUCGAGGGCAAGAAAAAAUGCUCGCCUUCUGAAAUGCCCUUGAAGGGGUUUAUGGGGGUUGCCGACUGCGACAAUGGCCGUGUCCCUUAUUUUCGGCAACCCCCAUGAACACCUUCAAGGGCUAUUCAGAGGGCGAUCAAUUUCUUGCACCCGCAGUCCUAUCGCAAUCAAUUCACACUCGAAGCUCCAGGCGUCAUGCGAAUGACGGAUAGAUUUGCGCCGAUCCUCAAAGUCCGCCAGGAUCCGAACUUGGUGGAUUUGCCUGCAUCGAGUAACAGGCUUUCGCGUGGCUGCAGGUAUUGGAAUGGGUGGAUGGCUUUCGCACAGAAGCAGGCGAUGCUCGGCCGCACCGUAUUUGGGGUCGGCGAUGAACGAAGAUCCACGGCACACCGGAAAUGGACCCGGCCAGUGACAGCGUCGUCAACCCCAAUAAACCCCUUUCAGGGCAACUCACAAGGCGAGCACUUUUGCGCACUACCAGGCCACCGGCAUCGAAGACGGAACGGGAAGUCCAAGCUGUUGAAAACAACGGUCAGAUUUUCGCGGAGCUUCAAAGUCCGCCGGGAUCCGAAUUUGGCGGGUGCUGGAAUAGCAAGGAACCCAGAAGCAGAUUGGGGCACGGAAACCGUGUGGCCCGAUGUCUUCGUCAUCCGUUCACGCCGUCCCCGUCGCUUGCGACACGCGGCACGAAACGAUGAUAAUGAUGAUGAUGGUGAUGCCGACAUUGAUGUUGAUGUUGAUGCUGUUGACGAUGUUCAUCAUGAUGACGAUGUUGGUGAUGAUGACGGUGGUGAUGUUGAUCUGGACGACAAUGGUGCUGAUGAUGAUGGCGUACAUCAUCAAAAUCAUCAGCGGCAUCGUCGCCGUCAUAAAAAACACCACCAUCGUCGCCUUCGUCAUCGUCGUCAUCAUCAACAACAUCAUCAUCAUCGUUAUCAUCGUCGUCAUCAUCUUCGUCAUCAUCAUCAUCAUCAUCAUCAUCGUCGUCGUCAGCAUCUGCGUCAUCAUCAUCAUCAUCAUCAACAUCAUCGUCGUCAUCAUCGUCAUCAACACGACGAUGACGACGAUAAUGAUGAUGAUGAUGACGAAGAUGAUGACGACGACGAUGAUGAUGAUGAUGAUGAUGAUGAUGACGAAGAUGAUGACGACGAUGAUAACGAUGAUGAUUAUGCUGUUGAUGAUGACGAUGAUGACGAAGGCGACGAUGGUGGUGAUUUUUAUGACGGCGACGAUGUCGCUGAUGAUGUUGGUGAUGUUGGUGAUGUUGAUGACGUUGACGAUGUUGAUGAUGAUGUUGUUGAUGAUGAUGAUGAUGAUGAUGAUGAUGAUGAUGAUGAGGAUGAUGAUGAUGACAAUGAUGAUGAUGUUGAUGAUGAUGAUGAUGAUGAUGAUGAUGAUGACGAUGACGAUGAUGAUGGUGGUGAUGAUGGUGGUGAUGAUGAUGGCGAUGAUGAUGAUGAUGACGAUGAUGUUGGUGGUGAUGAUGAUGGUGAUGACGAUGGCGAUGAUGAUGAUGAUAAUGGCAAGCAAGAAUCAUGGGGCCCCUCGCGAGGAAAGAACAAGCGGGAAUCAAAGGGGCAUACAGAAACCAUACAGGAUGUCUUCUUCAAAGGCGAGGUGGAGGCAACGGGGACCUCCGGGAAGACAUCCGGAAAAGAUUCCACGAGGAGAUCGUCUACUGCCACGAAAGGGUGGUCGAGCCAUUCGAAGUCGAAAUGGUUCAUCGACUGGUGUUGUGGAGACGCUUCCAACCCCACUGCGCAGCCAUGUGGUCCUGUCAUCUUCUUCGAUGACGGCAGAAGGCGUCGAGUGCUUGGGGCCGUCUUGGGGUGGGAGGACGCGAAGGGGGGCCGGCAACAUUUCCAUAUGGAAAAGGUUUAUGGCUCCAAACGCAACGUCAUUGCCAAUUUGAAAGGGGUGUUGUUGGACCUCGAAUUGUGUGAGGGUUUCAGAGCGGGUGUUGUGGACACCCCGUUCUACAGAGAACUCGUUCUCGUGGGUGGUUUUGUUUUGGUGCGAGAGUUUUUCGACAAGCUGGAGGACAAGAACAUCGUUCUCGACGUCCCCUGCGACGUCGGCCCCUCCUUGGAGCUCUCGUUGCCGUUCAGGCCGUGCGGCGGUUGCGAGUCAAGCGGGGCGGGGGCGGAGGGCGGUGAUCUGGGUUCUUGUCCGGCUACUCAGCUGCACCGCGGCGAGAGUCGGGGACAGUUCGAUGACAGCGAGGACAAGGGGCCUGCAGCGCCGUUGAGGGACAGGCGGCGGUCGGUGUUGUCUAUUCCAGGGGUCGACAUUGGAGAUCCGGUUCGACGGGAGAGUGCGGAACCUACAGGAAAGGUGGCAGCCUCUUUGGAGGUCGACUUGGAGGCGAGCGAGGGCCAGAGUGUGGAUGAGGUGACCGCGGGCGGCCUGGGCACGGGAAGCACUCCGCAAAAGAGGAGGGGGGAUCGCCCAGACGAGUUCGUCGGUUCUUCGAAGAAGCUGAAGAGCAAGGCCCCCAGGACUGCGGGAGAGAAACGAAAGGGGACCGAGGGGGAGGAGGACCGCCAGGUUGCCAAAUGGCCGGCUUCGAGACAGAAGCAGCCUGCGUCUGGAACGUCUUCUCCACCGACGGAAAGGCCUCCAAUCGACGUCGACGCCGGGUACUUCCUCGAGUACAAAGACGGCGUUCGGACAAAGAGGGAGUUCGAGGUUAGCCCUGCGCAGGUCGUCGACCUCGGAGAGUGGGAGGACCUGUACAACCAGCGGUCCCUGGAUCCCGUGCUCGUGGAAGGGAUCAAAGAAGCGAUGCGGUUGGCGUUCGAAAACAAAGCACAGUCUUACGAUUUUCCUACCCUAAAGAUGGCACCGUUGGGGCUUGAUAAACCGACUCCGGGGACCAAGGCAGAACGUCUUAGGCCGGAGGAAUGGAGGGAUGAGCUGGCGGGGCAAUACUACUACUACGCGGUGUGCGGGCAGCUCAACGCGGCUGCAGCGAGGUCGAUGCUCGGCAGCGAGGUGGCCAGGAAAUACAAUUUCGAGCGGUGGCCUGCACGAAUGCUCUACUUUUCAGACGACGACUUCGAAGGGUACUUGCUUGUCAGUUCCCAGGACAACAAGAAGGACCUGAAGGCGCCCCCGAGACAGCUGAAGUUGUCAAUGAAAGACAUUAGGUGGCAGUGGAAGCGUGACGGGUGCCCGCGUGAUGUUAUGGGAAACCCCAGCGGAAAACAGGCUCAGGUCCGAAAGUGGAGUGAAUUCUGUGAAGUCGCGCUCAAUAUGACGCCGCACAACAACUUGUGGACGCUGGCAGAUCAGAAGGGCGACGACGCCAUCAGGAAGCAAGGCGUUGCCCUGCGUUCCUAUUUCCCGUUGGCGAUGGCAGGGGAGAACGUAUGGAAACUGGCCGUCGACUUUUUCGAUAAAUGGGAGACUGGUAGAUUGCUCGGCCACGAUGGCGCAAAGUGGAUCAUGCGGAAGAAGAAGGUCAAAAAUGUGAAGCCCGGGGUUGCCUACAUCGAGAACGACAAGACGGGCAGGAAAGAUGUCGUGUGCAACGUCCCUGUGGACCCGCCGACAAAGAAAGGCAAAAAGGAAAAAGAGGAGGGCGACUGGUUCGUGCAAGUGCCUAAGUCAGACGCACAUUGUUGGAAAGCGAUGGAGUCGCUGACCGACAACGAGAAGUGUCGCGUCCUGAAGAAGGUUCUCGCUUGCGAGGUGGUUUGGGUCCAGGCCGGCUCUGCGGCGUUGGCGAAGCUCGGGAAGCUGAGCGUCCAGGACAUGGUUCAUUUGGUGAAGUGUGACCGGGUGCUGGUGCGUCUAUGGAACUACUACCAGUUCAAGCACGAGAAGAGGCCGGACGCGGAUCGGAGCCAGAGGUGCCCGUUCCUGAAAACAAGGUCCGCAAUUUUCAAACAGUUUGAGAGUCGUGGUUUGGAUGCAGAGUUGUGGGACGGGAGCAGGAAAUACGUCACUGACUCCUCGUUGUUCAAGGACUGCCCGCCUUACAUGGGCUGCGACGACGACCAAUCCAUCGAGGCGACGGAGAAGUUGGCCGGUCACAAGAAGUUGUCCGUCGACUGGAGGAAUAAGGUCCUGUCCGUUUUGACUGGCAGUAGACUAAAGAGUCGCGAGAUCGCGCUUGCCGAUGGAAUUGUGCACAUAAAAUGGAAAGACACGGGCGACGUGACAUCCAUCGCGCCAUUCGGCAACGACCCCUUGGAGGUAGACAUAAGGUGUGCGGAGGUGAAGGAGGCAGUGGUUACCACAAAGAGUCACACGUUCGUCCUCAAUCUCUGCGAACCGGUGGACCUGAAGCUGUGGAAACCACAAGCGUUCGACACUUUGGAUUCCCAGCUUCAGACGUGGUGUCCGUCGCAUUGGACGCUCGUCGUUUUCGUCCCGCGGCAGCAGAACCUCUCGUUUCUGGCCAGCAUGAACCACCUUUCUUUCGUGAAGAUGCUGGAAGGGAAGUGGGUGAGGAAGAGUCAACAGAAGAAAAGCUUCCCCGUCGGGAAUAAUUUGUACACGAAAGACGACCGGAUGUACAUACUCUUCAAAGGCGACGAUUUGCACGCUAACACGUCCGUCGUCUACCAGGGAAAACUGUCGCCUGCCGCCGCUGCUGCAGUGUGGCUACCGCAGAAGGUUACGCAAACGGAUGUGUCCGACAUCCCGUUCAACCCUUGUGAUUGGUCGCAUGUCUCGCCUAUGCGUCGGGGCAGUGUGUACGGGGACAUGGAACGCAACCCCGCGCAAUUCGUUAAUCUUCUCGAGUCCGUCACCAAGAAGGGGGAGGGUGUAUGCUUCCUCGGGAAGCCACACGCGCGAUCCGUGUGGGAACUGGUGAAGGCAGGAGGGCACGUCAUCGCAAUGGAAGGGAACUCCGAGCUCUUGCACUUUACAAUUGAUCUCGUCAAAAGCGAGGUCAAUUCGGGUGCCCACAUUUGCAAGUUCAUGGUCGUCAACGAGUCUCGCCCUCGCGCGUGGAACAACAAGACGGACAUGUGGUUCAAGUUGAGUGCGAGGAAGCGGAACAAGAUAUACGACUUCUUGUUCCUGCAAAUGCGGCCCAAGAGAGACACUGACGCCGAGUACGUGCGCCGCAAGGAUCACAUGUUCACUCUGCUCGACAACUGCCAUGGGGCCUCCCGCAUGAACGCAAAGACCUUCCUCAAGAGGUUGCAGUCCCUGUACUUCGUGGAGUCGGAGGAGGAGUUGACGUUCGGCAGUUACUCCUCCUUGAUCUCCACGGAAGACGAGGAGACCACCAACAUCAAGUUCGACGCGACCGCGAACGAGGAGGGCAGCGACACCGAAAGCCUCGACCUGCAGUACGACCCACAUCCCGGGCAGCACAUAACAGGGUCGUCCUUCGCAGGUCCGUCAACAAGCCCGGCAUCCCUCGUGUCACCGAUGGCGAAAGCGGCACCUGGCACUACCCCGAUGAAGUUGCUGCAGAGAAUGCAAGCUCUGGCCUCCGGCCAUCGCUCACUGCGUCCCGGGUCUGACAUCUCGGCCGAUCAUCUGUCUUGGAAGGAUGCCAACAUUCACUUUCUGCCUGAGCCUCAAAGUUGUUCCACGGAGGCGGACUGGGGCCAUGACAUGAUUUGGCAUCCAGGAGUCAUCCAGCCGGCGAUUCAAAAGGGUGAGUGGAUCGUGGUCGUCGUUGUCCCAGACGGAGGAUGGGUGCCCCUCCCUCGCGGGUCGAAGUCUGACUUCCUUGACGUCGCUAGAAUUGCGGUCCUCCAGAAAGUGAGGGCCGAGAAUGACUCUUUCGCACCCGAAGACGUGUUCGUCAUUUCCACAGCCGGGCGAUUGUUCGCCGAACUUCAGGACAAAUGCUGGUUGGAGCUGACGGAGGACUACUACGACCUCGAUACGAGCCCCUCGAAGGGAAGGGUGGACUGGAAAAUCCCCCCUCCCAGUGGGACGCUUGUAAGUACAGGGUCCCGGGGACCGGACGGUGGGGAGAACGAGGGCGACGAAGCUGGUGGCGGCAAAGGAGUCCCGCCUGGUUCGGAGGGCGUGUCUCAGGGCGACACCACGACAGCGGAAGGCAGUGGCGGGGGAGGCCUUCGGGCGUCAGCAGUCUACCGGUCCGGUCCGGCAAGCUCGGCACAGUCAGUGGACGUGCCCACUUCAUCCGCCGCCUCGGUGAUGGCGGCCUUGGUUGCUCUCCGCGCCGGCUCGGUCGAAACGUUCAAGUUCGCCGAGAUCCGAACUUCAAUGUUUGCAAAGCGGACGAAGAGGACGGACGCGCAGAGCUUGUCAGGAGCGGGGGUGGCGAGUCGUGAUCCCAAAAUGGACGGCGGUGCGGUGAGGGACGGGACUGCGCCACCUGCGGGGGACCGCCAACCGCUUCGGUCAGAGCGAGAGGGGGAGGAAGAAGAGGAUGAAGGGGAGGAAGGAGAGGAAGGGGAAGAAACGGAGUUGGUUGGGUUGCUAGGAGGGAAUGACGGGGAAAAAGGUGAACUCGAUACUGGAGACGACGAACGGACGUUCGGCGACGACGAUGACAGAUCUGGAGAGUCGUCUGACGGAUUCGGGCAGCUGUACGGAGAACAUCGCGAGGAAGACGACGACGACGAUGACACGGCACUAGGUAUGGAGACACAGGUGGUCACAAGCCUUUUGGCAGAACGUGAUGACUAUGAGGUCGAAGCAAUGACGUCUGUCGUCGAUCUCCAACAACGGUUUAAUGACGCUAGUGUUGCGGUCAGCCUGAAUAAACCGAGUGUGCUUAUUGACAUCGAAGAAGUUAUCGACGGCAUCCUGGGCGACCACCACAUGUCCACGCAGCCGUCCUCUACGCCUGGUGUCGACGACCCUCUCGACGUCAAACCUUCCGGGGGAUCUGUCGUGGCUUUGUCGCCGACGAACUCUCCGAUGCUGUCGUCGACCAUCGCCAACGGAGGAGAAGGCGAGAUCAGGGGACGACAAGACGUCACAUCCCCGAAAAAUAUUGUUGCCGGCACUCGAGCUCUCGACGUGCUGGCCUUGCCCGCGCCAACUUCGCCGAUUAAGGAGCGGAGAGACAAACCAGCUAGUAAGCAGUGACAAACGCCACUCUGUCUGUGCGCCAGUGACCCAUGUGUCUGUCGAUGUGGAGAGUUCCUGAUGCCGGCAUGCUACAGUCACCACUCC